AUGGCAGCUGCGGCAUCACGCUUCAAACUCGUCUUCUUCUGCCCUAUCAAAAACACCUCAGAAGUUCUCGAAAGGCUGUUCAAGUCACAUCCGACACAUGUCGGUAGGCUUGGGGAGUAUGAGUGUUGUGCCUUUAUAACACCUGGAAUAGGACAGUUCAAGGCUCUAGGCUCCGCCAGCCCACAUAUCGGCUCCAUCGGACAACUCGAAUCAGUCGAAGAACAUCGCGUAGAAGUGUUAGUGAAGGAUGAAGGACAGAACGAGCAGAUUCGUGGAGCUGUCAAUGAACUGAAGAAGGCACAUCCGUAUGAGGAGGUUGCGUACGAAGUUUACCGAAUCGAGGAUUUCUGA